AUGCAACAACUGACGUCACUGUCGCUCGUUGGCGUCGCGGCAAUCCCAAGGCUCGCCCCCUUGGCGCCCUCCCUGCUGUGCUUGGAGAUCCGCGGCGCAGGGGAGGGGGUCACGCGUCUCCCCGGAAAAUGCCUAGCGCAGCUGACGUGUCUGCAGGAGCUGGUUUUGAGGGACUGCUUGGCGCUGCGGCAGCUUCCGGCGUCGCUUGCGCUGAUGCCGUCGCUGCAGCGGAUUCGCGUGGAAGGAUGCUAUGCGGUGAUGCUUGAUGCUUGGACGCCCAGGGAUGGUUUGGCGGCGGCUGUGCCUUUUUUGAAGGAGGAAGAGGAGCGAGAGGAGGGGGAAGGGCGAAGGAAUGGCAUCACACGUGUUUAUGGUGGGGCCGUGGUUGCUCCGGUGGUGUCGGAGGGUGCAGGGGGUGCGAGUGGUGGGGAGGAUGUGGAGGCAAGCUGUGGGCAGCAACGACCGCCUCAGUGGCGAAGGCAACAGCGGCGGCAACGGAAGAAGCUCCACCGCUGCCGUGAGAAGGCUCUGCUGCAGCAGCAACAGACUCCGCCUUUUUUGCCACCACAGCAGCAGCAGCAGCAGGUGUCACAGGUUGACUGUCAGAGUGGUGUCACCACUGUCACGGCAGCAGCACAGCCACGCCAGCCUCUCUUCUUCUCCAAGCUGCAACAUUUCGAGCUUGCUGAUGUGUCAGCCCUGCAUCAGCUGCCACGUGGCAUCCUCCAGCACCACUCACUCAAGCACCUCGUGCUGGACGGCUAUUCAGGCGGCUCCCUUUCUGUUACUGGCAGUGUUGACCCCGAGUCAACCGAGUCAACCAGGUCAAUGCUCGAACCUCCCAUCCGCAUGCCCAGCCUGCAACAUCUGGUUCUGCGCAACCUUCCAAAACUUUGCGAGCUGCCCGAAUGCCUUUCCCUGCCCUCCGCCUGCCCGUCCCUCACCAUACUUACCAUCGAAAACUGCCCGCGCCUGCCUUCCCUCCUCACUCUUCCUCCCAGCCUGCACACCUUAAAACUUCACAAUCUUCCCAACCUGUCAGCCAUCUGCGAUCCACUGCGUGCCCACUGCCUGUCGCUCUCGGUACUCGUUAUAAACCAAUGCGCCAACCUCCAUUCUGUGCCGUGCUUCCCGUCGCGCAGCCUGUCGCACGUGGAGAUUCGCAACCUCCCUAAUCUCACAGCACUCACAAGCCCUUCUGCACUCCUCAACCCCUCCUCCUCCUCCCCUCGCCUCUCAAUCCUUGCAAUCGAAAACUGCCCUCUCCUUGCUAUAAACUCUAUAAACGCCACUGCACGGCCCCCGUUGGCGUUCAAGUUUCCAAGCCUGAGCGAGCUAUGGCUGCACGACCUGCCGCUGCUGCACGAGCUCCCUCCCUCCUUCUCCUGCCUCUCCUCCCUGCAGCGCUUGGUCAUCACCCGCUGCCACGGGCUCAACGCACUCCCUGACUGCCUGCCACAGCUCCCCUUACUGCGCGACCUUGCCCUCGUGGUAAACCACAACCUCACCAUCCCCACGGAUUUCCUGCCGCACCUGCACUCGGUGCGGCGCCUGGUGGUGCAUCGGGGGCGUGAGAACAAGACAAUCAUCGCGCAUCACGGGAGGGUGAGGCCGCAGUUUGCGCUGCCCCCGCGGGUGAAGGAGCUUCACACAGAUGACUUUGGUAGCGAGGUGUUGCGGUUGCAUGAGCUGGAGAGACUGGAGGUGAUUGGGGAGAACCUCGCAAAAGUGAGUAUCAACGAGAUUGAGGUGAUGGAGGAAGUGAUGAAGGGUAGCGGAGAAGGUGGGUGGAGGGAUGCAGAGGAAGAGGAAAGCAGUGGCAGAUUUGUUGCGUGGGUGGCCAGCGUCUUGGACAGCAGCCAGAGCACUGAUCACGUAUCUCUCACCCACAUCCACCGGUACGAUAUGUUCUUCUGCCCGUCGGAGCAAGUCAGAGAUUUCCAAUUCCGACGCGUCGUCCAAGCUUAUUCGCCGGAGGAGGAGCAUUGGGAGAAUCUUGCGUCACUGCAGCGGGUUGAGAGAUGUGCGUGCUGCCCUAUUUCCGUACCGUCGGAGUGGCAGCGGCUUGUGUGUGUGGUAGAUGCAGCAGUGGCAAAGGCAGCAGCUUGCGGGUAUGAUGUGAUUCGGGGGGAGGCAGCUGUUUGCGGAGGUGAUGUGAUGCGACGGGCAGAGUUUGUGCUUGGAGACUUGGGAGGAAGCAAGUCUAGUCUCUAA